AUGAUCGACAACGGCCUUCCAACACUACCAGCCGACUUUGUCAGCGACAACCGCAGGUGUUAUAAACCAACAGCCAUCUCGAUGCUGACGCUAUUGGACGAGGCGCUUGGCGCCAUUUUGGAGCAGCGAUUACGGAGAUUCAAGAACAAUUCACAAGAUUUGAUAAGCGCAAAACCAAUAUUGGUAAACUUUUGCUUUGCCCAAAAUUUCACCACACAACUCGUGGUGCAAGCGAAUCUUGACCGCAGAAUUGCGCCCAGCGAACUAUGGUGA